UUCUGUCAUCAUACCAAUCCAAUCCAAUCCUUUCAUCACUUUCUCCUUUUCCAGGUAACUUCUCACUGUUCUAACUCUCUCUCUCUCUAUCUGUUAAAAGAGUAUUAAAUAGCUCUCACAACUCCAUUUCUUUUCAAGCUUCAAACUUUUUCCAAGUCCAAUUUGAACCAAUUGAAUCAACAUGUCCCAGCCCAAGAUAUUGAUCAGGGAGGUCUGGUCAGGUAAUCUCGACUCUGAAUUUGACAUCAUCCGAGACCUCAUCGAUGAUUACCCUUAUAUUUCCAUGGACACUGAAUUUCCCGGAGUCGUCUUCCUCCUACCCCCCACAACCACCACCGAAUCAUCCCCUCCCAGCCUCUCUACCUCUCUUCACUACAAACUCUUGAAAUCCAAUGUCGACCUUCUCAACAUCAUUCAGCUCGGCCUUACCCUUUCCGACGCGGACGGAAACCUACCGGAACUAACCACAGGGGAGAGGUGCAUCUGGGAGUUCAAUUUCCGAGAUUUCGACGUGGAACGCGAUCCUCACGCGUCGGAGUCGGUGGAGCUUCUGAGACGACAGGGUAUCGAUUUUGAUCGGAAUCGGAAGGAGGGGAUCGAAUCGAAGCGGUUCGCGGAGUUGAUGAUGUCGUCGGGGGUGGUAUGCAACGAUUUGGUUAGCUGGGUGACUUUUCACAGCGCUUAUGAUUUUGGGUAUCUGGUGAAGAUUCUGAGCAGGCGAGAGCUGCCGAAGGAUUUGGAAGGGUUUAUGGAAAUGGUAAGGGUGUUUUUUGGAGAAAGGGUAUUUGAUUUGAAGCAUUUGAUGAGGUAUUGCCAGAGUUUGUAUGGCGGAUUGGAACGAUUGGCGACGACGCUAAAUGUGGGUAGGGCGGUGGGAAAGUGCCACCAGGCGGGUUCUGACAGCCUGUUGACGUGGCACGCGUUUCAGAAGAUGCGACAGAUUUACUUUCUUCAGGACGGACCCGAUAAGCACGCCGGUGUCUUGUAUGGUUUAGAGGUUUUGUAAAUUGUUCCAACCCUUUUUUUCUUUUUCUUUUUUCUUUUUUAUUAAUUCAAAUAAGAAGGUACAAUUAAAUUAAAUUCUAGAUAUUAUAA